GCUGUCUUGGACUCGCGACAGGGUGGGGAAGGACCAGGACCCACCACCUGCCUGGACCCCACGCAAGGGGCACUGGCUGUGACCAGGCCGUGGCCUCAGAGGACCCUACUAGUCCACUAGGGACAUAGGGGCUAAUUUUAGCUCUAGUCACAGGGCAUCUAGGCUAGGAGUUGUGCCAGCAGGCACUGGGUGGCCCAGGGCUGCUUAGGGGCUGCUCAAGGCAGGGGGUGAUUUGGGGAGGCCAAACCAGCGUCCUUCCAGCGUGGAACCCUUCCAAGCCGCCUUCUGCAGGCACCCCAGCGAGCCCCCCAGCACCUGGCGGAGGGCCCUCCCCUGCACUGAGGGUAAGGUCAGGGGGUGCUGCCAGGAAGGCAGAGGAUGCCGCCUCACGGUCUGACAGGGGUGGCAGCAGCCUGAGAAGAGCUGGGGCCAAAGGUCCUGAGUGUGAAAAGCCAAGGCCAGUGGGCUGGGUGCUCCAGCCCUUCAUGCUCAGCUGGUGACCCGCUGCUGGACUGACACAGGAGCCUGUUCUCCAGACCCCCUCGCUUCUCCCCGCAGUGCCAUGAGGGUGCUGAACUAGAAGUUUGCUGCCAGGCCCCGUGGCCCACUCUGGCCACAGCGCAGCCCUGCGGGGGUGGCCACAUGCGCUGGCGGAGAACAAAGUCCCUCUGGCUGGUGCUGUCUGUCUCCUGGUUCAUCGUCCUCCUGGGAGUCUUCCCCCUCCUCCGCCUGGCGGUGCCUGGUGGGCCUCGGCUGGGGCCCCCUGCAGACUGGCCCCGUUGGCUGGACACAGAUCUCCUGCAGGCUUUCUCUUCACCCGGGGAGUCUCUGGAAGAUGCCCCCAGACGUCCUCCCACACCGCAUCGUGACAGCUGCAAUUGGGCAACUUGCUUUGACACCUCCAAGUGCAGGGGUGGUGGCCUCAAGGUACAUGUGUCCCCCUCGGCUGGUCCCAUCUCUGAGACUCAUCGCAGGAUCCUGGCCUCCAUUGAAGGCUCCCGCUACUUCACAGGAAGCCCGGCUGAGGCCUGCCUGCACCUCCUCCUCAGCUCGGGGGCGUGUGCUGGAGAGACCGAUCCAGUGCCUACACAAUGGAAUGGAGGCAGGAACCGCCUGGUCCUCAGGCUGCACCCGGAUCCCUGCCCCCCGACGCUCCAGCUGGGACAGGCGAUGGUGGCCCAGGCCAGCCCCACCGUGGACACCUUCCGGCCCGGCUUCGAUGUGGCCCUCCCGCUCCUACCUGAAGCCCACCCACUGCGAGGUGGGGCUCCUGGCCAGUUGCGGCAGCACAGCCCCCACCCCAGGAUGGCUUUGCUGGCCCUGGCAGAGGAAGGGGGAAGGUGGCGCCCUGCAGGCAUCAGCUCCUCUGCCUGCCCCUGGAAAGGGCACUGUCAGCAGGACCCUGGAUCAGAGCAGACCCACCCUGGGGCUGCGCUGCCCAAUGCCACCUUCUGCCUCAUUCCUGGCCACCGUCCUGCUGCCUUGCACUUCCUCCACGCCCUGCAGGCUGGCUGCAUCCCUGUGCUGCUCAGCCCUGGCUGGGAGCUGCCCUUCUCCGAGGUCAUCGACUGGACCAAGGCAGCCAUCGUAGCUGAUGAGAGACUCUCGCUUCAGGUCCCGAGUGCCCUCCAGGAGAUGCCCCCCACCCGGGUCCUCUCACUGCGCCAGCAGACCCAGCUUCUGUGGGAUGCCUACUUCUCCUCAAUCGAGAAGGUCAUCUAUACCACAUUGGAGAUUAUUCAUGAUCGGAUCUUGGGUGCCUCUGCUCACCCCUCAUUGCUGUGGAACAGCCCUCCAGGGGCUCUCCUGGCCCUGCCCAUCUUUUCUACAAGCCCCUUGGACUUCCCCUUCUACCACCUACAACAGGGCUCUCAGCCUGCAGGCAGAUUCAGCGCCCUGGUCUGGAUGGGGGCUCUAAGCCAGCCCCCCCUGAAGCUCAUCCAGGCGGUGGCAGACUCCAAACACUGUGCCCAGGUCAGUGAGCGCUUCCUACCCUACAGUGCCAUCAACACUGAUGCCAUCCUCAGCCUUGAUGCCCACAGCACACUUUCCACAAGUGAGGUAGACUUCGCUUUCGGGGUAUGGCAGAGCUUUCCAGAGCGGCUGGUGGGCUUUCUGACCUGGAGCCACUUCUGGGAUGAGGCCCGGGGUGGCUGGGACUACACAACGGAGAAGGCCAAUGAAUUCUCCAUGGUGAGCACCUCAGCUGCCUUCUACCACAGGAGCCUGGGCUGGAACCGCUGCCCAACUGUGUCAACCAGGCGGCGGCAGGGUUCGGCCGCAUGCCCCUGGUGUCCUCUCGCCUCCGUCUGGAACCAGUGCUCUACAAGGACCCGGUGUCCGUGCUGCGUAAGAAGUAUCGUGACCUGGAGAAAACCUAGUAGGAACUGGCGAAGACCCCAGCCUUGCUUCCAGGGUUCACUGCUCUGGUCUGAGGGUGGGACGCUCAGAUCCUGGGACAUCUGGCAAGCCAAUCAGGACACCCAGUUGGCCAAUACUCUACGUCCCUAUUGGCCCACUGGGUGGAGGCUCAGUCCUUUCAGCAUCCCUGCGGCUAAUAGGUUUCCAGGUACAACUGCCCGCUCCUGUUCCUCCUACCUGGAGGGGUCUUUGCUUCCCUGUGAAGCUGAUUUCUACUUGCCUUUCAGAUCCCUGCCUCUUCUAGGGACUUUAUGACUUCACCCCCACUUCGGAUGGGCUUGUUGGCACUAUACUGCUGCCCUUCAGCGUCCAACAUCCAACCCAAGCACUGGCCUAGAUGGGAGGUCAGGGUCGGGUGGGUUCUCUGGCCCGACAGGUGCUCCACAAGUAUCUGACAGAUAGAUGGAAGAGACAUUAGCUGUGUGCGUGGCCCUAUAUUGACAGCGGCAAGAGUGUGGACAGGGUGUGCAGAGACAAAAAUGUCCUAUACCCAGGAUGGGAAGUCAGUUGCCUACAGAUGCCCUGCCUUACCAGGUGCAGUCGUGUGCCCCAGUGUGACGGAACAGGGAGGCACUGGGAAGCCAGUUUCAUGGCUUGGUUUGCUUGGCUUGCAACUGGUGACUAGGAUGGAUUCAGGCUCAAUCACAACUCUUCAUUUCCAUCCUGGACCACUAGAGGUCAGCGCAAUACCGCGUUCUCACCCCCACCUUGAAAGGGAAUGGAAUCCUAAACACUGGUAAGGAUCUGAGGGCAGGCUGGAGAGUUGGUGUGUGCUGCCCUAAGGUCUGGAAACCAGAGGCGGGUGUGAGCAUCUAAAUGCCCUACUCCACUUCUACCCACGCGGGAGUAGGAAGGCACCAAUUCUAGGUGAGCUGGCAGGGAGGAGGGUUGUCCUGGGCCACCUGGUAACGAGUGGAGUAAGGCAGAGGGGACGCUGGGCUCACCCUGGUUCAACUACCUGGAAUUGGAUUAUCACUUCCCAAAUAAAGCUUGUG